CCCAGACCAAAUCCAACAAUAAAUUGUCUUCUUCACACAAAUCGUCUGAAAUUUAAGAACGGUUUGGUGUCGCAGUUGCAUUCUGCAGUGUGAAGAGACUGAUCUUAGCGCAAAGAAUCAAGGACACCAAACUGUAUUUCUGACUUCCUGCGUGUAGCGUUGACCAUGGCACUGGACGGAUGUGGCCAGCUGUGCAAGUGUUUCCUCAUCAUUUUCAACAUCAUUUUUGCCCUGGUGGGUUUUGCGAUGUUCGGGUUGGGCUUGUGGCUGAGGUUCAGCUCUGAGACCAGAGGAUUUUUCGACAUAGACCUCAACACACAACAGUUUGUCAUCGGUGUGUCAGUGUUGAUUGCGUUAGGAGCAGUGAUAUUGCUCGUGGCUGUUUUCGGAGACUAUGGAGCAUGCAAUGAGAAUAUGAAUGGAUUGGCAGUGUUUUCCUGCCUGCUGGCUAUCCUGGCUGUAGUAGAGAUUGCAGCCGGUGUGUUCGCCUACAUGAGAAGCGAUGAGGUGGGUGAGCAGCUGGCAAAAUUCUAUAUGACUGUGUACGCUCAGUAUGUGGACAAAGGAGACCCUGGCUUGGCUGUUACCCUGUCCAUGUUCCACAAUGUGUUGCACUGCUGUGGACUCAUUGGUGCCUUGGACCUCUUGGUUAAAAAAACAUGUCCCGAAACUGGCAUUUGGGAGACCUUAACUCUCCCUGCCUGCCCCACAGUGAUCCUCAACCUCUUUGAGUCCAAAGCGCCUCUGGUGAUGGGCCUCUUCCUUGGGACUGCUGCUAUGCUGAUCACAGCCCUGGUGUGCUGCAGCAUCCUCAUGAAACAGAUCAAGAAGAGUCACCUCUCUGCCCCCAUGUACUGAGGGGACAGGACCACCACCACGUUCAAACAUUUCUCCACUAUGAGACCAAACCAGAUGGUUGUCAUUCAGUGACCAUCACCCCAUCUUUUCACGUAAUACUUCUGGAGAGGUGCCCAAUAAAAAUAUCCUAAUUAGCUUUCAUUCAUUUGCGUAGCUGGACAGGGCUCUGGAUCAUCUGGACAUGCUUUAGAUGACAUAUGAACAGGGCAAGACACUGUUGCUCUGCCCCUCUUCCCACUAGUCCUUAACUGAUUUUUUUUUAAGGUAAAAAAAAAAAAAAAAAAA